AUGAAAAUAUCAUCUCGGUUCUUUGUGACCCUUUAUAAUGCUAACUCCCACUCCUGUGAGCGAAAAAAAAAAAAAUUCCUGUGAGCGAAAAAAAAAAAAAAUUCCUGUGAGCGAAAAAAAAGGGGAAAAAUCCCCAUUUUCGAGCGAACAAAAUAUUUUUUAAUAUAAAAAUUUUUUAUGAAAAAAAAAUUGAUAUAUGAGCGAUAAAUUUUUAUAAUGAAAUCUUUUGCUAAUCCUGUUUAAUUUUAAACAACUUGCAUUUUAAAAGAUAAAUUUUCCACUUAAAUUAAUAUUUGCUUUCAAAAUUUUGGGAUUUUUUAAUUUGAAAAAAAAUUAUACAAAAUUUAUUUAUAAAUUUUAAAAAAAAAAAACUCCUUCAUGAGUGAGUGAACAAAAUCUUUUGCUCGCUCAUGAAAAGGGGUGUAAGAAGCAGAGACAGGCAAAGAUCCCUAAUGAACUACGCCAAAAUAUAAGAAAUAACUACCAAAUUCGUGAGGCUCUGCGCAAGUCUAUUAAAGCACUAAAAAAUCAAUUUCCACAUGUUCCUCUAGCCGAUUUAGCUAAAGCCUCAAAAGCAGAAAUAAAAGCAUUUUAUAAGAUCCCUGAAGUUAUAUCCCCAAAUGAUCCGGCGAUAGAAAAACCAUUGAGGAAAUAUUUUAUCCAAGAAAUUAUCAACCCUGCAAGUGAGCAACACAGAGAAUACUUGGAGUCUAAUUUAUUUUUAAACGAUAAAAGUAUUGAAUCCAAAAGAAAUGUGCUGCUUGUCGAAGAAGCCAAAGAGUUUGAAAAAAACAUAAGGCUGGAAAAUGAGAUGAAAAGGAGGAAAGCACUUGCAGAAAAGAUUGUGAAGUUCCCUGAAUUACCUACUGUGGACCAAAUCCUUAAUGGUGAAGAGUCAACAGAAAUAACCACACAGAUGCCUGAGAGAAGCCUUAUUUCUUCUAGAGGAAUUGUCGAUCUUCGAACUGGCACAGGCAAAUAUCCGACUUAUAACGAGUUAAGCAAGCAGGAAUUAAAGAAUUAUGUUGUAUAUAACUUACGAGAGCUUGAACAAGCACUCCAAAUGGCUGAAUAUACAAAGCCGAGCGAAACUUAUGACUCUUCUGUAAGGGUUUUAAUGGUCCAACAAAUAGCAAAAUUGAAGGCUGAAGGAUUAAGAGAUCCAAGAAUGUAUCAUCUUUCCCAUAUACAUUAAAAUGGCGACGACGAACUAGCCCUUUUUCUCAACACCUGCAGCCGGGAGUCUGCUAGAGGAAGGGAAAAUAAGCGCUCGGCUGUAUAUCCGGCUAGGUUUUACCUUGGUACAGUGGAGAGCAAUAUCGAAUUUGGUCGACCGCAGCUCAUUCUGACACCAAGGUUUUGCCUCAGGGGAAGUGGUUUCCAAGGCUGGAAAGGGGAAGCUCAUCGAUAUCAGGAAGGCACCUCCUGAUCAAUCGGGCAACUCCUAGCGUGAAACUAGGUGUUACGUCCAGGCUUUGGACUUCCAUUUUAGCCGACAGUCCUACAAGAAAAUUUAUUUUUUAAAUUUUCGGAAUGGGCAACCUCUGUUUGCAUAUUGCUAGUGGCGUAACUCAUCCAACUACGGGUAGCGAGUGCAGAUCCUCGUCCAGUAGGAGCAACACUUUGAAGGUCGUGAUCGGUCGGGCGGUGAGCAACCGGUGAAAGCGUGAAGGGUGAAGGUAGAGCGGAGAAAACCCUAGCUAUUACGACGGGCUUCUCUAUAAUAUUAGUUAAUUUUAAUGUAUCAUCUUGUCCAAGGAAUUGAUGUAAGUGUUUUAGGCUCUAAAGAAGUAUGCGACACAAUAUGGGCAAUUGGAAAAAUUUACAAAGACAAUCCUCCGAAGUUUAUUAAUGUCUUUAAAGAAAAGCUCAAAGAAAGGUUUUUGCAGUAUUUACCAAAGCUAAAUAGCAUGAAUUUAGCUUAUGCCUCAAAAGGGUUUGCUUUACUGCAAGUAUAUGAUAUGAAUAUUGCUGAUGGAAUUAUGCAGCGAUUUUCUGAAAUUGUUAAACAAGUCCCUAUGAUUCCUAAUAGAAACCCUUUAGCUGAUGUCCAAACAUUUACAAUCCCAGUUCAAGGACAUUCCUUAUACUUCGGCUAUAAAGACCGCACGAUCCCUUCUAAUCCUCUUCCACUCAGUGCUGCAGUCUGAACCCUACGGUACUUAAAAUUGACAAAUGCUGACCGAUAUGAGUUUUCUAACUGUUUUAGGCUUUGUGCAGAGUUAAUGUAUAAUAACAGAAUGCAUGAGGUCAACAAACGGUCAAUUAUAGAGGCCAUGCUAGUCUUCGGACAUUCACGAAAAGCAAAGGUGACAGAAGAGCCGGUUGUGAAGCUUAUUAAAGGGCUUGGACGUAAAAUUAGACCUUAUAUUCAAGAGCUGGAGCUUAAGGAAAUCAUAAUUGUUGGGCAUGCUCUUAUGAAUUGUGGAGAAUUUGGAGUCACCAGCUUAUUCAGGGGCCUUGAAAAGAAAAUCACGGAGUUGCUAGGAAUUGACCAGGAUCCAGGGCAUAUUAAGAGAGUCAAAGACAUGCUGAAGAGAUAUUAUGAUGUUGUAGAAGGAAGAAGGUUUAAAAAGGAUCAAGAAAGCGUCGAUAUUAAUGAUAUUACAAUGGAAGAACACAGCGAAGCACUUGAUGAAAAGAGCUUACUCCCCAUCCUUAAGGAAACAAAACUAUUGAAAACUUUAAUUUUUAAGGAAGCAAACAAACAUUCAUAUACAAAAAAUUUUAAUAAUGAAUAUAGUGACUUGCACUAUCUAGAGCGGGGCUUUUUUGUUGUUUUCGGCACUAUCAAAAAAUGCCCCGUUCUAGAUAGUAUAAGUCACUAUACUAAUUAUAAAAAUGGAAUCUCUAACUAAUUCUAUAAGCAACUGACAUACUAUAAUUGAGACCAAAUUUCAAUUUUUUUGCGAUAAAAUUUUGAAAAAAAAUUAAUAUAAAAUAUCACUGAAGAUAUAUUAAGUGGGUUAGAAAAUGAAGAAGAAAAAAUAAUGGAAAAUGAAAUCUUGGAAAAUAAAGAUAAAUAUCAGGAAGGGGCUAUUGAUGAUCUUGAAUACUCAGAAGAUGAAAAAUAG